AUGGGGAAAAGUAGGCAGGUGCCCAAGAUAUGCGUUAUGUGUAGAAUCGACGUAAACGAUGAAAUAAAAUUUGGAAAAUUAUAUAAAUUGAAAAACGUCUGGGUCCAUUAUUAUUGUUUGUUGCUAAGCGAAACCAUCACCCAAUCUGGAGAAGAUGAAGAAGGCAUUUUGGGUUUCCUGCAUUCAGAUAUUACUAAAGAAGUAGGACGAUCGAAAUCAAAAAAAUGUUGUUAUUGUAAUAAAAUGAACGCUUCAUUAGGUUGUGUGCAUAGGCAUUGUAAUCGGAAAUUUCACAUGUAUUGCGGUUAUUUAAAUAAUGCGAUGUUUCAUUUUACAAAGUUCACUACUCAUUGCAAUUUGCACACGAAACCUUCAAAUUUACCAGCAUCUAUUAAGAAAUCGCUGAAAGAUUAUUAUUGUUUGAUAUGUUUAGAUGAUUUUCAUGAAAAGACGAAGCCGUCUCAGGUUUAUUGGGCUAGCUGUUGUAAGUCGCGAGUUCUUUUGCACAUUGAUUGUUUAAGGCAAAUGGCGCUUAAUGCUGGAUAUUUUACAAAGUGCCCUGGUUGCAAUAACAACACAGAUUUUAUCGAAUCGAUUCGAAUGUGGGGAGUUUUCGUGCCAGAACAAGACGCCUCGUGGGAACUAGAUCGCAAUGCUUUCUCUGAUUUGCUAUACGUUCAUGACACCUGCGACUCUCUCAAAUGUCUUUGUCCAGAUGGAAGAAAUUUUAGUACCGACAAAGGAAAGUGGAAAUUGAUAUUAUGCAAGACUUGUGGCUCUGUUGGAACUCAUGUAGGUUGCACAGAAUUUAAGCGACGAUUUUUGUGUGACGUUUGCACAUUGAGCGGAGAGGAAAAUACCACAAUCGACGAUCCACCCCAACCGGAGCAAACCAAUGAAGAUGAAUUUAUAGACAUAGAAAUUUUAGAUCGAGAUUAUUUCACUGAUUGCGAAGACAACAACUCAUCCUUUCAAGAUGAUUGCGAGAACGUAGAACCAUUACCAAACCCUAACAGAACAGAAGAAAAAAAAACAACUAACCCUGAAAGAGGUGUAUCUGAACAAAACGUUCGAAAGAGAUCCUUUCAGGAUAUAACAAAUAGUGGCGAUCAAGAAGUAAAUGUAAGCUUUGCUAAAAAAUUCAAAGACAACAAUGUAAGUCACGAAGAAAUCGAACAUUUGACUACAAUUGAGGAAAAUUCAUUGUCCUUACUACAACAUACGGAAACUCUUGAACCUGAAACUGAAAUAACAGCUCAACAAAUACCAUUGGAUGAUGACAGUGAGGUUGAAUUUGUUAGUUAUACGCAAGUAGUAGACAGUUCGCCUAAAAUACCACUGCAUGCAAAUAGUGUCGAAUUAUUCUUAAAUAGUGUCAUUUCUAAACCCCCAUGUUUACAGAAACGUAAUUUUCUUAAAAUUUGUGAAUCGCCACAUAAGGUCAAAAGGAAUCGCAAGUCAAAGCUAAAUCGUUCUUUAAACCAGAUAAAAAAUGAAAAGAAAUCUGUUCAACUCAGCUUAGAAAACUUCAUUACAAGAACUAAAGUAUGA